AUGUCGGACCCGCUCCUGUUCGAAGACACUUUUACGAUCACCACGAUCAACGCCCAGAAGUACGACCGUGUGUCGCGCUUGACCUGCACCUCCAAUGAUGCCUCCGUCACAUUCACCCUCGAUGUGAACUCGGAGCUCUACCCGUGCGCGGUGGGCGAGUCGCUUUCUUUGGCUUUGGCCUCGACCCUGUCUCUUGACGGCAAGGAGGAUACCCGGAACAGCUGGAGAGAGGUCGCCAAUGGCGAUCAGACUCUUGCGAAUGACUACGACUAUGUUUGCCAUGGCAAGGUUUACCGAUUCGAGGAGGGUGCUACUAAGGAUACUAUGGCCGUCUUCGUUUCUUUCGGAGGUCUGCUUCUCUACCUUGAGGGUCCCUACAAGAAGCUUGCUCCUCUGCGGAUCGACCACGUCUACUUGCUUCUGAAGAAAUAG